AUGUCUACGACCCAACCUUCUCAACCUUUUCAACCCGGUGCUGCCAAUCCACGAACUACCCCUCUUCUUCAUAAUGCAUCCCUCGCAGCCCUCAUCGUUUGUCCAAUCGUUAUGAUCCUCCCACCUCGCAAAUUAGACCUCUAUACCUUCGUUCUCAUGGCCACCACCUGUAUUGGCGGUAAUCACCUUGCCUACGAAUACACCGGUGUCUCAAUGAUGGCUCGCAUACAAAAACGAGUACUGUCUUUCACGGGCACAGACUUACCCGAAAAGGCAAAGGAAACCCAGAGAAGGAUACGAGAAGCGCAGGAAAAGAAACGAACUGAGGAGAGUGGAAAGUUUUUGGGAAAUACAUAUAAACUUCAGGAUGAGGGAGCGAAAGGAGAGGGAGUACUUGAAGCAUUGGAAAAAAGAAAUGCCAGUCAACUACCUGUCGGGAGGGUGGAGGGAGAUGGGAAAGAAGGUGUUUUGGGGAAAAUAUGGUUAGGUGGUGAAGGAAAAGAUUGGAAGGAAAAGAGAGAUCAAAACGAAAAAGAAGCUUUGGAAGCGGGGAAGGGAUAUGGAGAUCUAAUUAUGGAACAGAUCUGGGAGGUAUGGAGUGGAGGGAAGAAGAAGAUGGAAGCGGUCAAGGAAGUGGAUGAGAAAGUGGUAGAAGAGAAGAAGAAGAAGAAUUGA